AUGAGGACGGAAUCUUGCCGCCUGAUGGACAGCAUCCGCUAUUUUGCUCACACCGCAUCGACCGCAGAGAUCCUGGCAGCCAUCGAGCUGGCCAUAGAGGAGGUGAGGCGCGGCGCGAUGAGAUCCAAGGAUCUCCGCAAGUACUUGCAAGUGCUGACCCGCCACCGGCGUCGGGAAGCCUACGACCGACGGUUUCCUCACGGAUGCGCAGUGUGCAUCGGUGAGCCCGUGAGGUUGGAGGGCGAGUCGCCGCUCGCUAGACGAGGCCGUCAGCCCCGCCUCUCCGAGCGGCCAGUAGACGUCGCCCGCCGGAUUGGCGUCUACGAGACAUGUCCGCUUCUUGCUUUGCUCGCAAAGCGGCAGAGGAAAGUUAGCACCUUUCCUCAGCAGCUUUGGGAUGCUGUAGAUAUCAAGAGGCGUGCGGCGGCGAAGGAGAGGCUGGUGUUGGUGGCGGAGGGCGGGGCCACGCUCAAUACGAUCUGCGGACGUAUGGGGUGGACCGUCGGUGCAACGAGCAGAGGUGAGUGA